AUGGCUUCAGAUACUCUCCCUGAACGUCCAGCUCCAAUCGAGCUCCCAAACCUUCCCGCACCCAUUAAAGAUUUCAUUCCCUACAUAUCUCAGAAUCCAACCAAGAAUAUCUCAACCAUCAUUGAGCCAUAUAAGGCCUAUGAAUCAGAACUUCGCAAAAUCUACGCCCAACAACCUGACCAUGAAGUCAUCAAAGAUGGAGCUGUCAACUUAGUUCCCAUCUUCUCUGGCCAUGAGAAUGGUCUCAAGAUUAGGGCUAGAGAUCUUAAGAGUGAGUCCACAGAAGAGCUAGAAAAAUACAUUAUGCCAUUAAAGCAUGAAGAACGUCGACCCAAUGGCUCACCAGCUGUCGUUGGAUCCAUCAAGGAUUUUCAGACGAAUUUCAACCUCUUUUCCGAAUCUUCAUUGGCUGAUCUUGACUGGAGCAAUGUUGUUGCAGCUGGUAGUGCCGUCACUACAUCUCUUCUUACAAUUCCAGAGAACUGGGCAGGUAGCAAGAGAGCCAUGAGAGAAUAUUAUCACGAGCAUUUGGCUCCGGCAUCCGAUGUUGAUCUCUUUCUUUACGGGCUUACCGAGGCUGAAGGAUUGGAGAAGAUCAAGCAGAUUGAGACCAACAUCAGAGAUGCUAUUCUUCAUGAGACAACCACAAUCCGCACAAAGAACGCUAUCACCAUUGCAAGUCAACAUCCCACUCGUCAUGUUCAAAUUGUCCUCAGACUUUAUGAUUCCAUCUCUCAGAUCAUCACUGGAUUUGAUGUAGAUUGUUCUUGUGCUGCGUAUGAUGGAAAGCAAGUUUACAUGAGUCCCAGAGCCGUUGGAUCAUUCGUUACACAGUGCAACACCAUUGAUUUGACCCGAAGAUCGCCAAGUUACGAAAAUCGCUUGAGCAAAUACAGCCACCGAGGCUUCGAAGUCCAUUGGCCAAUGUUGGAUCGCUCAAGAAUCGAUCCCACCAUAUUUGAGCGCUCUUUUGGUCGCACCGAAGGACUCGCUAGAUUGUUGAUUCUGGAGAAAUUGCCAAAGACAGUUGACCGGGAAAACUACAUGGAUCAACGCCGAAAAGAACGUGGUAGACCGUCUCUCAGCAGAGGUUUCCGCAAUCAACGUAGAUUGUAUGGAAAUUUGAAAGAUCAAGAAGAGGACGAGGUCGCAGAUUGGGCUGAACAGGAUGAGAUUGCUAACUAUCAUACCAUGACAGUUCCUUAUGGGCAGAAGUAUAAUGCGGCAAAGAUCAAUCGUUUGCUGUAUGCCAAGGAUUUGCUUUUGAAUGCGGAGUGGAACCAAGACAAAGAUCGUGAAGUUUAUUUACAUCGUCAUCCAUGCUUUUUCGGCACGGCAGAAGAAGUUAUUCAAGAUUGUUGCGGAUACUGUCCGGUUCCUACCACUGAACAAGAGAAUGAGGUGGCUGAAAAGGAAAGCAAGAACAACGUCUCGGGUACUCUCAAGUUUAUCACAGACGACCCUGGUCGCCAGGAAAUUGGAAGUUUCAAUCCUAUAAAUGAUGAUGAGUGGACUACUAUGAGUUAUGUCGGUGACACAGCACGUUUGUGUCAAGCUGUCGUGGAUGGAGAUCUGGAACAUGUUCAGGAUUGGUGUUCUCAAGAGGGUGUCGAUGUUAACCGCCGAGACUAUACUGGUCGCACGCCUUUACAUUUAGCCACCAUGACUUCCACUCCAGAGAUUGUCAAAUGUCUCGUCGAUCAUGGAGCUAGAUUGAUUGCUAGGCUUGUAGAUGGCAGGACAGCAUUACAUAUUGCCGCUGCAAAAGGCGAUCUUGAGAUGAUUCGCAUACUCCUGAAUAAGAGUAUGGCAAAUGAAGAGGAGGAGGAAGAAAAGCAACCUCGUAAAGUCGCAUCCACUACAUCUGGUAAUGAAGAGGAGGAGGAAGAAAAGCAACCUCGUAAAGUCGCAUCCACUACAUCUGGUAAUGAAGAGGAAUCAGAUUCUGCAUCAGAGAUUACCCUCGACAGUGAACAAGAGGAAGCUGAUGCUCUGACGAUGGGAAGCUUUGUCAAGAUUCCAGGAAACAAGGAUGAAGAUAAGGAUGAUGUUGCUGCAGUUAUGGACGACUCUAUGGAAGAUCCUGACAUCUAUGACAUCAACGUUAUUGCUUGGGAUUAUGGUCUCUCUCCACUUCACCUUGCAAUUCUCAAUGGUCAUAUCGCUGUCAUUGAACUUCUCGUCUCAGAAUAUGGUGCCGAUGUUCUCUUCCCAGUCAAGCUAGUAGAAGCUGGAACUACCAAUCCUAGAGGGGCAAUCAUGACUUUGGUUCUAGCGAUGUCUCUCCCCAAAGAAAAGUCAAAGCAAGUGGUGGAAAAACUGUUGAAUCUAGGGGCAACUUCUGCUCAAUCAGAUACAAACCAUUUCACAGCUCUCCACUACAUUGUCGCUCAAAACAAUACCGAUAUCUUGGACGUUUUGUUCGCUCAUGAUCGACCAGCAGCGCAAAGAGUCAUCAAUAAGAUCGGAAUUGCAGGACACGGAUCAGCUGAGACACCACUUUCAACUGCCAUUAAGAAAAACUACGGAGAGAUUGCAUCCAAACUUCUGCACUUAGGUGCACAACCGCAGUUUGAAUUCGAAGAUUGGGUCAAAGUGUACACGGGCACGAACACUUAUGCUAAAAAUCAGAAUACUGAAACAAAUAUGAAACGAUUUCAAGAAACAGCCCAACAACCCAUUAUUGUUGCUAUCUGUAAGGAGAUUGGCGCUGUUGUUGGGGAUCUUCUUGCAAGCGGUGCCAAUCCCCAGACUCUCACAACUAUUGCAUGGUCAGUGGUAAAUAAUCCUGAAUCGCGACAGUACUAUCGCAACGCGAGAGAAUCUAUCCUAGAUGUUAUUCAACGAAAAUUGGAGACCCUUCGAGAUUGGAAGGAGCCUGUUUAUAAUCAAUGGCAAUAUAGACCAGAAAAUCUCGAAUUAACGAAGCCCGAAAUUCUUCGACCUGAGACUUUUUACACGGCAGAUCUGGAACCAGGUACCUAUAAAUACUGGACAGCCUUACAUGACUACCAAGAUGAGAAACACCAGAAUGAAGUCCAACAUGAAAAACACGAGAAGUUGCUCAAGGAUAAAGAAACUGAACUUGAAAUAUACAAAGAUGAGCGCGAAGCAGUCAAGGAAGCAAUCAAAGAUCUCGAGCAGGCUGAAAAACUUCUCAUUGCAGCUGGGGCAAAAUCCUUCACUGAUUUGUAUCCCGAUAUUCCUCAAUCCCCCGAGCGCCAAGAUAGCUCCUGGAACCACAAUCGUUCGCAUAAAGUAGCAUCAGAACCUUACAAAACAUAUAUUACUUUCAAUGUCCCGGACCUCAAUGAUGGGAAGAGACAGGGCUAUUGUAUGUUGUUUGAAGCUGCUUGGAACAAUGAUCUUGAUGCCAUCAGAAAUUUGACACUCCAGCCUUGGAAGCAUGGAGAGGUUGAGUAUCCACCUCUUAGAAUUGCAGUCCGUGAUGGAAAUGAGUUUAUGCCUUUCUCUAUCGCCGUUUUACGCGGACACUACGACCUUGCACGUAGGAUAGUGGAAAUAUGCCUUGCUCAAUAUCAUAACGCAAAUGAUGAAAAUGAUAAGAAAGGACGUCAACGUUGGGGUAUUACGACUUCUAAUGAUGAUGAUGAUGAAUCGGAUGAUCUGCCCAUCUUUUCUGAACUCGUUACUGACAAAUUCACGAUUGAUACACUUGAGGAGGUUUCUAACGUUGUCAAAGGUGAUACACUCCCUUUGUCUAUGAUUCAAUGGCACUGUCCAGCCCGUCGAUUCAUUGAUAACGACGAAAACCCCGGAUCAAGCAAGACGUUUAGUCUAUUUCAAUAUGCUAUUGAGCAGAACGAUCUCAAAAUGAUCAAGUUCCUUUUGGAUAUUGCAAGCGAGCAGAAAGCUUUGAUUGCUAAACAUGAGGACGAUCAGCGAUGCUAUACUUUGCCUUACUCAUUUUUCAACGAAGCUCUCUUCAGAGGUAGAACCAUAAUGAUAGCUGAAAUGAUCAAAUACUGCGGGGCUGGUGUUCCAUUUGGAAAGUUAGUCUCGGCCAGUGGUGUGGAGCUCAAGACAAAGCCAAGAUAUUAUGAAGGCUUGUCGAUUGGUGGCAAGAAACGAAAGGACUGGGCACAACCUCCUGCUCACAUUCAAAAUAUCAAUUAUUUUGAGGGGCAAUUCCCACCUUUGCUCGAAGCUGCUCAUAUGGGCAACAUUGAAUCCGUCGAGUGGUUCAUGAGUGAUGCUCCCAUGAGACAUUACAAAGAAUUUGCUGCGAGAAACAAGGAUGAUCUUCGAAUUCGAACGUUGGAAUCAGGGAAAGUAUUUGAAAAUACUGUUUCAAAAUGGUUAGAGAUGAAUAGCGAGCUUCUACUCCACGUCGCCAUUCUUCAUGACCCAAAAACAGACGAAGAAAGAAUCAAUCACCUCAAUCUCAUCAAACAUCUUGUUUCCGUUCUUCCUGAUUCGGUUCUCUCAUUGAAAUCUUCUCAGGGCUAUUCACCUCUACAUCUCGCUGUCAGCAGAAAAAACAUUCCCAUCAUUGAGUACCUUCUUUCAGUUGGUGCCUCGGCCCGCUCUCGCGAUAGACAAAACCGAAAUAUCAUGCAUACUCUUGCAGCUGAUGCUACAACCGUAAACAAAGAGACAGUUCCUUGCUUAGAAUCUAUUAUCAAGCUAUUCAACAAAAAAGAUGUUCAAGAAAUGUUACUUGAGAGGUCGGAUGACUACCCAAGCGCAGUUACACCUCUAGCUUUAUGGAUGAGCAUGGCCACACACUAUGAUGGCGCAGAUGUCAUAGAGGUACUUCUUAAGUAUUCUACAGGCGAGGAGCUGGAGAUGAUUAACGGAGAAGGCGAUUUGCCUUUACACGUCGCAAUCAAAAACAACAGACCAAACUUAGCAUCCUUCCUCCUCCGCCAAAAGCCCACUCUCCUGUAUCGUGAGUCGGCAACUGGUCGUACACCCCUCGAAAUGUCCCAUGAUAACUACAUCUCUAAUUUCAUUUCUGACCCUCCCUCUGUCGACGAGUAUUGGCAAUAUCAUCCGCGUAAUGUUAAUGGGGAUACGUUGAGUGCGUAUCACGCGAAGCAGAAACGCGAUGCAGCCCCAUUUUAUCAGACACAUUCUUUGAUCUGGGAAGAAUGUUUGAGGGUUCAGGGAGAGUUGAAGAGAAAGUUUGAUAGUGAUGAAGGUGAGAAUAGUGAGGAUAAGACAAAGAGAGAAUUUAUAGGAAAGAGAAGAUUGGUCAGUUUGUUUGAGGCAAAUGAGGUGGCUAGGAGAUUGGCGGGAAGUCGUAAUGGAAAGGGAAAUGUAGCUACGCAGAUGGAUGUGGUUGGUCAGUGGAUGUAA